GUAAACAUGACAGCGGCAACAACAAGCAUGUUGUCAGUUGAGUGACCGUCGCUUCGCAACAACAACAAGCAAAAAAUGAAAUCCGCUCUCAAAGAAGACCUGAGUUUUCUCAAAAAGGUCCCCACAUUGGCAGAAGCGACUGCCAACACAAAUGCAGUCGUGCCCGGAUACUUGUACAAGGAGAUCAACUCUAUGACUUUGGAAAAUGAGGGACAGCAUGCUGAUGCCGUACUUGACUACUUGCUGAGUGAACUUCAAGAUGGUACGGUCUAUGUCAAGGUUAAGUGCCUGAGAAUCCUUCAGUACAUCCUCCAGAACGGGCACUCAAGUCUGAAACGAUUGCUCCAGAGGAAGGACUCAAGUAUAAGGACAGCGUCAAACAUUUCAGGCUCGCAGGCCGUCAAUCAGUGGAUACGCGAAAUCUCGAAGGAGUUGCUACAUGCAAUACAUGAGGAGGGUCCGAUUUCCGGACCGUCGUCAGCAGGCAGCAGUCAUCAACUUGCAUCAAAUGAAGAAAAAAAGUCUCUGAGUGGCCUUGGAGCGUCGGCCUUCACGUCAGGAAAAUACGAAGGCUUCGGAAAUGCGCCAGUUGCGCAAAAAACUUUGGGCGAACAAGUCACCGAAGGGAUAACGAAGGUGGUGGAGAAGCUCGCAGGGAAGCCAGGCGACGUUGCGACCGACCCCUCUCUCGCCGAAGCCCUCCCCAAGUUCCAAGCGGUUCGGGUAGAGCCGGCAAGUGUCCCGAAAGAUGAAAGAAGCCAAGCCGGAUCCAAGACGAAGCCGGCAAAGCCUCGGAAGAGAGGGCGGGUCGGUGGCGGUUGGGAUGACGACGAUGACAGUGAUGAUGAUGGCAGCCAGGAAGAGCUUUCUGGAGGCCUUCGCGACUCGUGCAGCUUGCACGGCAGUGAUCACCCGGGCGACAUCCAAGAACAGACCAACUUUUACGAAAAGGAAGCCCAAGCCGUAGAGUCCUUUGCAGGCCCCGAGCUCGAUUUCCCACCAUCACGGAAAGAGAUUACGGACAUCUGCGAAAGGUGUUCAACGCUCAACUGCGAGAAGAUUGUCGAGUUGCUCUCUUCUCAGAUCUUGUGUGGACAGCAAAACUCCCAAAUGAGGGCUAUGGUGAUGAUAGAAGCGCUGCUGCGGAAAAACCUAAUUGACCUCGAAGCUCAAGCGCAUCAGCUGUUGGCUUCUCUGCAGCAACUUCAAGAUGAGUCGGUCGGUCCUGUCCAAGUGAAGGCUCGGAAGAUCAUUUUGAUCAUACAGAAGCUAUCAGAAGCGAACAAAGAGCCAAAGGAGCAAGCGACACCUGAAACGGAAUGCAGUACAAAUGCCGUUGCCAGCACGGCUUAGACGUCUGGUGCCGGAAAGAACAAUCUCUAAUAAAAUUCGGCAAGGGCAGUUAGGAUGUCCCGA